AGUACUAUCUGUCUCGUCAUUUUGGUCGCACGUCUGAGUCAUCAUCAAAGACUUUUCUCUCUUUGUUCCCGUGACAGAUCCUUAUUAACCAAAACUUCACCGACCCAAUUCUCUUAUUUCCCCAAAUCUAUUCCCGUGUUCUAAAUUUAGCUCCGGAGAAUCUUUAACCAAUUGUAAAUCGAAAGUUUGGUGUUUCGUUGACCCAUUUCUUACUUCCAGAGAAAGCUAAGAUAUCGAGAAUCUCCCGGACUAUAUAUCACAUGUCUGAAAAUUCUGUACCGGCUGAAUUUUCAGGUUGUGUACUGUGGAGAUAAAUCUUGGAAUAAAGAAAAUAAAAACAGAGGAUGUUGAAGAACAAACAGAACAAGAAACCAACAACGUUAUUGUGUUUAGUAUCAACACUUGUGGGAUUUGCUUUCACGAUUCAUCUAAUCAUGUUAUACAGAAGAAACUAUACUGUAGACAAUCUUGAAGUUUCUCCUGAGUUACUACCAACUCAUCAUCCUGUCGUGUGUGAGCUCGAACGAGUUGAAGAAGAGAACAUUCGCAUGCCCCCUCCUAGGAAACGUUCUCCACGAGCUAUCAAACGUAAACCCAAAAGACCAAACACUAUAGUCGAAGAGUUUCUCGACGAAAACUCUCAGAUUCGUCAUCUUUUCUUUCCGGACAUGAAAUCCAGUUUUGGUCCGAGCAAGGAUGGUGGUAAUGACACAAUGCAUCAGUUCUUCCCUGGGAAGAUUUGGUUGGACACGGAAGGGAAUCCGAUUCAAGCACACGGUGGUGGCAUUUUGUAUGAUGAAAUGUCUAAGAGUUACUAUUGGUAUGGUGAAUAUAAAGAUGGGGUAACGUAUCGCUCUCACAAGAAAGGAGCAGCUCGUGUUGAUAUAAUCGGUGUUGGAUGCUACUCAUCGAAAGACUUAUGGACAUGGAAAAACGAAGGUGUUGUCUUAGCAGCCGAAGAGACAGACGAGACACAUGACUUACACAAGUCCAACGUCCUCGAGCGACCUAAAGUGAUCUACAACUCAGCAACCGAUAAAUACGUGAUGUGGAUGCAUAUAGACGACGCAAACUACACUAAAGCAUCUGUAGGUGUAGCCAUCAGCGACAACCCAACAGGUCCAUUCGAUUACUUAUACAGCAAGUCACCACACGGAUUCGACAGCAGAGACAUGACUAUCUUCAAAGACGAUGACAACACCGCCUACUUGAUCUACUCCUCAGAGGAGAACAGAGUGAUGCACAUCGGUCCGUUAACCGAGGAUUACCUCAAUGUUAAGCCGGUGAUGAAGAGAAUCAUGGUGGGACAACACAGAGAAGCACCAGUUGUUUUCAAACACCAAAACGUUUAUUACAUGAUCACAUCUGGUUGCACGGGGUGGGCACCGAACGAAGCGUUGGCUCAUGCGGCUGAGUCGAUCAUGGGGCCGUGGGAGACGUUGGGGAACCCUUGUGUUGGUGGGAAUAAGGUGUUUCGGUCGACGACGUUUUUCGCGCAGGGGACUUGUGUGGUGGCUUUGCCUGGUGUUCAUGGUGGGUUUAUAUUUAUGGCGGAUAGGUGGAACGUGGCGGAUUUGAGAGAUUCGAGGUAUGUGUGGUUGCCGUUGAUAGUUGGUGGACCGGUUGAUAGGCCUAUUGAGGCUAGUUUUGGGUUUCCGAUGUGGUCGAGAGUUUCUGUGUAUUGGCAUAGACAAUGGAGGUUGCCUUCAGGAGGAGGGAAGGAGAUUGAAUGA